AUGGUAGUUACUCGCAAAGGACAAUCAACGACGACCCAACCGAUCCCUAAUCUUGAGAGCAAUCCUGUCAUGACCAACCAAGAACGUUAUCCGUACGGAAUGCCUCAGACGCAACCGAAACCCGUGAUACAAGAGGUCCAACCGAACACUAACCGAGCACAUCCCGACCUCCAAGAUGAUUUGCGCGCAUUGCGCGACGAAAUGGCAACCAUCCGAAGGCAAAGAGAAGCCGAUGCUCGAGAACUGGCCGAGCUGCGUCGGCAAAAUGCCGAGCUACGGAGCCUGAACCAAACUUAUGUGCCGUCCACUCCUACACUCGCAAGAGAGUCAGCCUAUCAUGCACCAACCGACCAGGUCGCCCGAACACCUGUCACUUCUCUGAUAGGCAACAAGGCCGACACCAGCGUUCACUCCCUAAGACACCCUUUCUCACGGAGGAUAAUGGAAGCAACACUGUUGGAUCACUGGAAGUCUCUUCCAAUCGAGAAACACGAUGGAUCUACCGACCCUGACGAACACCUGAAUGUCUUCCUGACACAGGCGACCCUCUCCACUCAAGACGACUCAGCUUUAUGCCGAAUUUUUCCCACGUCGCUGAAAGGAAGGGCCCUGAGUUGGUUCACAAAAUUGCCGAGCUCUUCUAUUGACUCGUUCAACGAGUUGUCAUCUCAGUUCACUCUCCAAUUUGCGACGAGCAAGCCAUACAAGACGACCUCGUUAGCCUUAGCGGGGGUUCGUCAAGAAAAGAAGGAAAGCCUGAGAAAUUUUAUGGACCGAUUCAACAAGAUUGCCAUGGAGAUCGGCGACCUCAACCCUGCUGUGGCGUUGGAUCGGCUAAGCACUGCCCUUAGGCCGGGUCCAUUUGUGAACAGUUUGUGCAAGAAGCCACCCGUUGAUAUGAAUGAUCUUCGACGCCGAGCUGAAAAAUAUAUGCAAAUGGAAGAGCUGGCAAAAACCAGAAAUCAAGCUAGGGCCGAGGAGAGCUAUAGCCGAAAAGAAUCCGGCCGAGAACCGACGAAAAAGGCAAAUGCCGAGACCUCAAAUGCUCGCCCCCCAAGAGGACCACGCUACACAGCAUACACUCCCCUCAAUGCGAGUAGGGCUAAGGUAAUGGAGCAAGCCCUUGCGUCAGAGAUCCUUGUAAUGCCGAAACGGGCGAACACACCCCUUAGAGCCGACAAGGCCAAGACGUGCCGUUUCCACCGAAAUAGAGGGCACUCGACGGAAGAAUGCUCAGCACUAAAGGACAAGCUGGAGGACCUGAUCAAACAGGGUCACCUUACGAAUUUCGUCACCCCUCAAAACCACCAGUCAAGGGGGAGAGCCCACCACUCUCGAGAGGCACCACAGCCGAGAGACCGACGCCACUGA